GAGUGCGAGUUUGAUCCGAGGUGUGCAGUGGCGGGAAUCCAGUGGCGCGAGAUUACGAAAGCCAAGUGAGAAAGAGAGAGAGAAGAGGCAAGGGAUUCAGAAUAAGCGUCGACCAUGGAGAGGAAGGUACUGUUCGGCGUUUUCCUCCUCAUUCUGCCCUUCGGCAGUUUCGGAGCUGGUUUACAUGAACUCGUAAAGCGAGGAGCUGAUGAUGACCAUAAUUGGGGAUAUGAAAAUAACAAUGGACCAGAGUCUUGGCCGAAACGCUUCAAAAAAUGUGGGGGCAACAGGCAGUCUCCAAUACAUAUUAAUACAUCUACAGUAGACCUAAAUGAUGAUUUAAACGAAUUCGAAUUUGAUAAUUUCGAAGACAAUUUUGAGGAUGCAGAAAUUACAAACAAUGGACAUACAAUUAAAGUCCAACCAAAUGUCAAUGAUGCUCCCAGGUCAUUUAAAGAAGGAGGUAUGGACGAUGAGUAUCAAUUCCAGCAACUUCACUUCCACUGGGGCUCCAGGGAUAGCCAAGGAUCAGAGCAUCUCUUUGACAAAAAAGCAUAUCCAUUAGAGAUGCAUUUGGUAUGUAGGAAUAAAAACUAUCCAACCAAAGAAAAAGCCGAAUCCAGAGAAGAUGGAUUUGCAGUUCUUGCAGUGCUUUUUAAAGUUGUCGAUGAGGACAAUGAAGCUUUAGAACCAAUCAUUGAGCAACUAGAGCAUUUAAAGAAAAAGAACUCUAAAGAAAAAGUGGAUCCAUUCAAUUUGAAAGAUCUUCUACCCGAUGAAACUAUGCCAUAUUACCGUUACAAGGGUUCACUGACAACGCCACCUUGUCUCGAAGUUGUAACAUGGACUGUUUUUAAAGAUUAUGCAGAGAUCAGCAGAAGACAGCUGGAGCAAUUCCGUCAAAUCACUGAGGAUGACAAAGGCGAAGCGGCAGAGCCCCUAAUAGACAAUUUCCGACCACCCCAACCGAUAGAUAACAGAGUAGUGGAAAUUUCUGGAAAUUCUGGAUCAACUCUUAUUCCAUCCGUUUUGACAGCUAUGUUCACCGCACUAUCAUUUAUUCUCUGAAUACGAUUACCUCACAAGCAUCCCUUAACAUUAUUUUCCCGGACUGCAGAAUUCAUUUAAAGCGCUGGAAGCACUUAAACCCUGGUUUGUUGACUGUACUUGCAAAAGAUGAUAUACUACAACAGUACCGCUUCUGGAACUACAACGAAGUUCUAGUCAAACAUUCAUCGCAUUUUUCAAUUUAAACGAAGAAAAUACUUUUAAGUAUCAAGACUCUGUCGCGAGAAGAAUUUCAUAAGCACACACACUGCGUCAUUAACAAUUUGCGAAUAAAAAAAAUAAACUGGAAUAAAAAAUUAAACUAAAUACAUAUCAAUAAAGUAUAAUUCACGAAGAGGAUGAGUUCGUAAUAGAUUGCAUAACUAUCAAUUAUUUUUUCACUGGACAUUCAAUAAAGGUAAAAAAAAAAAUGUAUAAAAUAAGAAUUAAAACUAAUAGAAAACUGCUAUGAAGGUAAGAACAGUGAAAAUAUUGCCACUCUUUCGUAAAUAUCGCCAUUUUUUUAUUUGCAUAAAAAAAGUUUAUUAUUUAAGAUUCUGUGGGAAGAUCAAAACCAAAGCAGUAAUUUUGUCCAGAUAUUAUGGAUAAUUUUAGUGAUAAAUGUGGUGGCCAACAAAGUUGAGAUUGUGUGAAUUGUUUGUGCAAUAAAAUCUAUAAAAGAUUUAUGUAUGAAUAUUGUAAAAAAUAUAUUUAAAUGAUGAAUAUGGUGCUACAAGAGAAAGGAUAUAUGAUUUAAGUGUUUUCUAUAUUCUUUUUCUCCUCCUUGUAUUUGUUAUAAAUAACGUACUUAUUUUUUAGGAUAAUUUUCAAUAUAUCUUUAAUUCUAAAGACAGAAACAUAAAUAUUAUAGUAAAUAGUUCGAUUUUAGCACCAGGCGAUAAAACUAAAUAUAUCUCACGCGUCAAAACUUUUUGCUGAUUAUACGCGUCUGACGUCAUUUUUGGACAGUUUUUCUUGCAAAACUUAUCGCAUGGUACGAAAAUUGGGUUGGAAAAAAAAAUAUUUCUUGUUUUAAAUUAAAUUUUUUUAAGAAAAAGCGUAAAAGUAAUUGUCUAUUGAAACGCAAUUACUCCUUCUCCAAUAGUACUAAAUUAAAUUUUCUAUCAAAAAUAUAAAAGUAAUAGUUGAAACGUCAUUACUUUAUUUCCGAUUGCUUUGUAUUAAACUAAAUUUUCCAUUUAUGAAUAUAUAGGAAAUUAUCUAUUUGAUUACUCCAUCUGCAUUAUGUUUAUUGAAAAUCCCAUUUGCUCUGAACCUGCCAUACAAGACAAUACUGUUCAAUGUAAAAGGUGCUUUUCAAUUAUGUGAAUGUAAUCUGCCAUUAUUACAGUCUGAUUAUGUUAAUGUUAUUUUUGUAAUAUAUGUAUAGUCAUCCGUGUGUACAGCUAACAGUUCAGCAACUAUCUUUCCAUGAUAUCGAUUUUGUUAACAAAUGUUUAUGUAGUUUUGUUCCAAAACGUGUUACGCUUGUUUUUUCAAAACAUCUUUGUUUGUAAUAAAGUUUGACCAUAA